UUCGUAAAAUUUGGCAGAAUGUCAGUUGUUUGUGAGGUGAUCUUGAGAUAAGUCCAAGUCAGUUUGUUUUGGUUUUCACACGUGAAAUGAAAAAUGAAGGUGUACGACUUUGAAACCCAAAUCAAAAAGCCAUCCAGGAAUUUCCUGGACCUUUUUCCAAACUACACGGAUAACUUAAACCGCAUGCACAGCUGGAAACUACCGUCUCUAGAGCCGCAUGCAUUUCCAGAUAAAUCUCUUUUCGAAUUGCGUUUGCAAGGCACAGCAAUCCACUGCGACAAGCAGACGCUCGCAUACUUCAUGUGCAUUCGCCACAUGAGCCGCCGAGUCAGCUUCCAUCUUUGCAAAACGGAGAUUGCGGACAUGCAAGAAUGCCGUGUUGGGAUGCAGAGAAUUGCAAGACACAAAAAACUGAUGGCGGCCAGCGACAAAGCAGGAGACAUAAUCCCCCACCUCAAUGGAAAUUUGAACUGGACUUAUUGAACGUUGUGCUUCACUUUAUUUUCCUUUGAAUUUGAAAUAUUAAAGUAUAUUUAAAUAAACAUGAAAAAAACGUAUAUAUUCAACUAAAAUGUGUCCGUGUGUCAUUUGAUUGCAAAAUUAAAACACUAUGUAUUUCUCAUUUACUUCAAAUCACUAUAAAAAUUACCCUUAAUUUAACAAAACUGUAAUAAAAUGUGUUUAUUGUUAGUCCUAGAAACUCAGGACAAUAAAAAAUUAUAUACGUUACGUUUCAAUAUAUAUAUUAUAAAAAUUGAGACCCCACAAAAAAUGCCUGGGGAGGUGGAAGUGGUUGAAAUUGGCGCGGCCAAUUCCUUGCUCCCAAACCUCACCAUCUGUGUUGAUAAAGACGAGGAUGAAGAGGGAGCAAAACCCGAGAUCUUGUACGAGGAGGAAGGAAAGAGCAUGGAGGAGUUUGAGGAGAAAGUGGAACCGGAUGUAAAAAUGAAACUCACAAAUUUUCCGAGAAAAAAAAUCUAUGAAAACAAGCGUUUGGAAGCAAUUUCUUCUCUUGGUCUUUCGUUUGAAGAGGCAAAGAAACGCAGAGGUGAAAGGGCAAAAAGAUUUGCAUCUCCGCUCAAUGAGAAAGAGGAGACUUCUGCUGUAGUAGAAGAUGAAGGAUUGCCGGAAAGAGUAAAACUUCUUAAAGAGCGAAUUGCUGAGCACAAUCUUAAAUAUGACGCUGCUGAUGACGAAUAUAUUCGAACCGAUGCCCUUCAUUUAAGAGGAGUAAACGACAUGAGCACCGAUGAUAUAUUCAGGUAAUCAACCUAAACACAUAAAGUCAACA